GGUGGAGACCAUUAUGCGGGAGAGCGGCCUUCUCACGAACGAUAGUCAAGGUCAACACACUUACGACACCGAUCAACGCGUUUUCAGGACGACUGCACACAAUUUUUCUUUUCUUCUCUCUUUUUUGCUAUCCCUUUUCUGCUAUAAAUUCCUCUGUUUCCCCAUCUUGCUUCAACUCACUCACCCAUCUUCGUACAUUCUUCUCUUCCACGAUGGCCUUCCUCAGUCUCGCCUUCAUCGUAGCUGGAAUCCUCGCCGGAGUCCUGCCAGAGCUGGCACUGGGACAGAGCUGCGCGUGUGGUCCUGGCGAGUGCUGCAGCCAGUACGGGUACUGCGGCACCACCAGCGAUUACUGCGGAACUGGUUGCCAAAAUGGGUCUUGUACCGGCUCCAACGGCGUCUCGGUCGCGGGAAUCGUCACCGACGCCUUCUUCAACGGGAUUGCCGACCAAGUUGGGCCCACCUGCCCGGCAAGGGGCUCUACACCCGCUCCGCGUUUCUUGACUCAAUUGGUUCCUUCUCUGCGUUCGGAACAAUUGGCCCAAUAUAAUAACGGAGAAUUUAGUAAGGAAUUACCCACAU